AUGGACGGCGAGCACCAUAACAACAGGAUAUCGCGCUUCAUGGAGCGGAUACAUCCCAACAACCAGCUCAACAGUGAGAAUAUUUCCGGGAAUAUUGCUGAGAAUAUUCCUGGGAAUAUUGCUGAGAAUAUUCCUGGGAAUAUUGCUGAGAAUAUUCCUGGGAAUAUUGCUGAAAAUAUUCCUGGGAAUAUUGCCACUGUCAACAACAUUGCCGGGAAUAUUGCUGGCAAUAUUGUUAGAGUAAGUGUGGAGGAAGGAUGCUGUAUGGACGGCGAGCACCAUAACAACAGGAUAUCGCGCUUCAUGGAGCGGAUACACCCCAACAACCAGCUCAACAAUCCAGACACUGGAGAUAAGAAAUCGAGGAAAACGUCGAAUCACUUUCUCAACAUGGAGAGGAGUUUUCGGAAGAUGGAGGACGAACAACCCUGGGACCAGACGCUGACGCCGGCUUCUUCUCAAGUUGUAGACCGUCCGCAGAAGUCUGGAGGAGAGUUCUGGAUGUGUUAA